AUGAACAAUCGCAAUGGACCUUUGUCACCAGUUUCAAUAGGAAGCAACAACGAAUGGUCAGGAAUUGAAAAAUAUCAAGACGAUAACGAUUCGCCCUACCAGAUGAAUCGCGGACAACUUGCUUCACCGCCGAUAUCGAGCGGAUCAAACGGUACAAUGAAUGGGGGAGAUUUCCCGUCUAGAGGUCCUUCUGGUGGCAGCCCUGGCAAUCCAUCUCCUCCAAGCUCCAUCGGUCGUUCAAGUAUUGGCACAGGUUUAUACGCAGGAAGCGAAAGUGGGCAGGACAAGAAAGAUGAACAAUUCGAGGCUUUACUAUCAGAGCACUACGUUUCAUUGAAACGAUAUCUGGCAGCGUCAUUGAGAGAUGAGAAGGGGAAUCCUAGACCCAACAGAGCGCGAGAUAAGUUGCUACGAUUGUCUCCCGUUCAAUUCCAGGAACUCAGUACCGAUGUCUUUGAUGAACUUCUACGAAGGCAGCAGGCAGGGAGAAGGACUCCCAAUGGACAGAGAAAUGAUCAAGGACCUCCGCCGUACUUGUUGCCGAAGAACACGUUCCACCCGAAACGAAAUCAGGCCCGCCAGAAGUUGUCUACGCUGCCACCGCCCAGGUUUAGAGAUUUAGCUACAGAUGUAUUUUAUGAAUUGGAGCGAAGGUUUCCGCAAUUCACUGCUGGUGAUAGAAGUCGCAUGGGUAGUCCUGUAUCUACAAGAGGACCUCCAAGCAGGAAUGGGAAUGGCACACCUGUGGAUAUGCCACCUAGAGGUCCAAGCCGUAUGCGCCGACCUUCAGACGCCAGCUCUAUAGGUCCGUAUUCAAUCAGAAGCGAAAGGAGAAGUGAGAGAAGCGAAUCCCGCAAUGGCUCAAGGAUGGCGCCGUCAAAUGGUCCAAAUGGUAGUUUGGGUAUCCCACCUUCGCCUGGUAUACCACCUAAUGAUUACGGUCGACCGACACCAAAAACCUUUCAAAGUAACACGAUUGUUCCGAACAAAAGUACUAUGGUUGAAGAUGAUGAGAGCGGACCUGAAGAUAAUGAUGAUGAUGAUGGGGAUGCUUUCGGAUUGGAGGGAGCUGCAAGAGACCGAGAGAGUAAGAAAAGCAUUGGGGGCUCAGAGAAACUCAUUGAUGAUUACCAAUCCCAAAUUGCAGAGCUUCAAGAACGACUUGAUUCCAUGGAAGAUGACUUGAAACGAAAGGAUGAUGAACUUAAUAUUGUUAUGGAUCAGCAAAGGGGGAGGGAUGCAUCGGUAGACGCGGAUAGAAAGGAAUGGGAAGACCUUAGAAUAGAUCUCGAAAACAAGCUUGCAGAUGCGCAAAAUCUCAACGACACUCUACAAUCAGAGAUUGACCGAGCACGGGACUCACAAGCCAAUUCGGACAGAGAGUUGAAGACUCAGAUUGAAGAGCUUCAAAUUGCUCUUGUAGACGCUGGUAAAGGCAUGGGAUCCGGUGAUGCAGAUCUGGAACGGGAAAACGAAGAGCUCAGAGCUGAGCUCAGGGAGCAACAAGAAAUCACCGAGGAUGUUCGAAGUGAAGCCCAGGAGUUCCUUCGCGAAAUGAAGAUGUUGUCCGAACGAAGUACUGCAUCUUAUGAACGCGAGGAGCAACUUGAGACCAUGGUCAACAAGUUAGAGGAUGAAGUCAAAGAAUGGAGAAAUCGAUAUGCGAAAACAAAGACGCAGCUACGCACCCUAAGAGCAUCUUCAAUUGGCCUCUCGAUACAAGAUGCAGCCAAGUAUGCCAAAGACACUGGAUUUACUGCAGAGAAUGGUCUUAUCAAGGAUGUUCAUAUUACUAAGUUUCAACUUUCGAUUGAUGAGCUUUUACAGAUUGCACGCUCCAGCGACCCUGAAAAGGUCAUCGAAUACAUGAAGAAUGUAGUCAUCAACGUGCGACAAAUCUCUCAAGAUAUCGACCAAGCACCACAAAGUAGUGCAGAAUUAGCCCAGAAGCAGGUCAAGCUUAAGUCUAGACUCUCGGCGACGGCGAAUAAUCUGAUCACUGCAUCCAAGAAUUUUGCUGGGGCCAAGGGACUCUCGCCUGUUUCUUUGCUCGAUGCAGCCGCUUCCCAUCUUACCACGGCGGUAGUUGAGCUUGCCCGAACGGUAAAGAUCAGACCUACGCCUGUAGGAGAGCUAGAAGACAAUGGUGACGGUACUUUAGUCUCAAACGACGUAGUAGCACCUGCGCCUGUUUCAACUCAACCUUCUACCAUAGGAGGACUUUUCUCAUCUAAGCCUGCAACAGCAACUGAACCUAAGCCCGCAACAACUAAGCCUUCCACCGGAGGCCUCUUUGGAUUCUUUGCAUCACGUGAAGUCAAGCAAGAGAAUGCUCCACCACAGCAAGAAGCCCCUCAACCACCAAUAGAGAAUGUUCAACCCCUAAAGAAUAAUAGCAAACAAAGCAUGGAUUCACCACGUCAAAGUUUAGACAAUUUCGACAGGCAAAGCGAGGACCUACCGAGGGAAAGCUUUGACGACUAUGUUCCUGGCCCAUUCCUUGGUCUAGGAAAUAAUCGCGCUAGCACCAAUUCGUCUAUGUACAGUCCAAUCAAUUCUCCUCGCGAGUCAAUCAUAAUUCCCACGAGUUCUGUAAAGGAUACUUUAAACGCACCUGGACCUAGUCCUAGAGAACCCCCUUUAAGCCCAAUGACUAAUGGCGCCGAGCCUCUUAAUGGAAGCGCGAAGCCACUUCCACUGGCACUACAAGCGCCCCGAGGUCCCCCAAGUGGUCCUCCAAGCCCCCUGCCAGCUUCAAUGGGGGCAGGGUUUGGCCUCAGAUCGCAAGAUAGUGAUAUUGAAGAUCUCAAGAUAUAUCUUGAAGACCAAACGGCGCUCUUAGUCCAGAACAUUCAGUCUCUCGUCUCUUCCAUUCGUUCAGAAGGCGGUAUAAAUGCUAUUUCAACCCAGAUUGAUGCAAUUGCCAGUGUUGUUGGUGAAGUUGUUGCUUCUACUGAGGAAGCCAUGAUUAACAAUCCAGCGCUCCGCUCACAAUGUCAACCAGUCUUGACAAAACUUUCUGGGUGCAGAGAGAGAAUCAUGGCUGCAGGCGAGGAGGGCAGAGAAAUUGCAAUUGAGGGAAGAGAAGAUGACGAAGGUGAUGCAGAAUGGCGAGCUUGGAAUCAAAGCCUACCACCUAUCGCGUUCGAAAUUGCUCGAGAAACCAAAGAAUUGGUCUUGAGAGUUGACGUCCUUGAUGGAGAAGGCGGCGGAGAUGACGACUUUUCAUAA